AUGGAGCCAAUGCCUGUACUUGCUUCUCCUGAAUCAGAAGGGAAGUCAAGUAAUGGGGUGUUGUCCGCUUGCCCCAUCUUGGCCGCAGCCUGUGCAGACGUGAGUCCCCAGUCUGGCCUCCAGCCCUGCCUGGGCCACUGGGACCCUCCUAGUCUUGCCAGUCUGUCAGAGUUCUGCAGCCUGUUCCACAGUGGGCCCAGGGCCCAGGGCAUGUCACUGUCUCCGAAGCAAGAGGCAUCCAGGACCCAGCUACCUGAAGAUUCUCAGCAGCCAUGGUGCCCUGGCCCAGACGGAGGCCCUGCCCACCCAGCUGCUGCCUGGAGAAGGGCCCUGCUCUGCUUCACCCAGGGGGCUCCUUGCUAA